UGGAAGAUUUUUGAAGCUGAUUUGCCCAGGCACUCGUGGUUGUGGCGAGGAGAUGAAGGGGAAGGAACCAUGUGCCCCCUGCUGUUGCUCAGAGCUCAGAAUUUGUCCCUUACCUGGGUUUGUCCCAAAGCUCACUUCUAUUUCUGCCCAAUGUCCACAAAACGUCAGCUGUAAUGACAAUCUCGUUUUUGUUUGUAAUGCUGUGGAGGGAUAAAUAUUGAGCUUAGGAAGUGGCAAGAACUUGCUGUUUCUUUCAAAUAUUGGGAGGCCGUCUUUUGCAAGUGUUCAAGUAUAACUGGGCCUGGUGUUCAACAUCCAGUCUGGAAAAAUGACAUCACUGCCAGAGCAGGGCAUCCCAGGUGGGCACAAACAUGGCAGAUGGAGUUCCCUACGCAGCAGUGUGAGACUUGUCACUGAACUGAACUCUGUAAUAGGGCGCUGAAUAGGGCAUGAUGGCCUCUGCAGCAGAUAGCUGCAUCCAAUUCACCAGACAUGCGGGUGACGUGCUGUUUAACUUGAACAGGCUGCGAUCCCGAGACAUUCUGACUGAUGUCACUAUCUUGGUGGAUCACCAGCGUUUCCGAGCCCACAAGACAGUGCUCAUGGCGUGCAGUGGUCUUUUCUAUGCCGUCUUCACUGAUCAGCUGAAGUUCAACUUGAAUUUGAUAAGUUUGGACCCAGAUGUUAAUGCAGAGGGAUUUGGAAUUCUUUUAGAUUUUAUGUAUACGUCCCGCCUGCCUCUGAGAGACAGCAGUAUCAUGGUAGUGAUGAAUACAGCUAUUUACCUGCAAAUGGACCAUGUGGCCGACACAUGUCGUAGAUACCUACAGUCCAGUGAAGAUAUUUGUUCUACAAUCAGUCCACCUCGACAGGAGUUUCUUCCCAGCAAUGCAACGUUACCUCCAGAAACAUUAAGCUUUCGAAAAUCUGAAGUGACUGAAAACCUGCUUCGAGAUGCAUCAGUCCCUGAUGGGAGGGCUUUGGGCUCCAGUGUCUACAAUGUAAUGACUCCCUCUCCACAUCCAUACUCUUUGUACAGCCAUAUCCCUGUUCACAGUUACUCUGCAAAUCCUUACUUGAUUAAUGAGUUCAGAGAUUGUCACGUCCCUUUAUCUGAAGUUCCCAAGCUCAGGAGAUACCAGGGUAACUGUGUACAGCAUAAUAGUGACACGGGUUUCACCAAGUACAACAGCAGGUCUGUCGCUGACGUUGCAUCCAAUGUUUGCCAUGCAACUGUUUUCUCUCCCAGAGAGAUCUGUAGGGAAAGUGAUGCUAAAAUGGAUUUGCACUAUAAUCAAACUCCUAGCUCCAAAAUGGCCUUGCAAUCCGCUGCCAAUAAUGUGGCGAAUUACCCUUCAUCACUGAAUGUUAACAGGAGGGUUGAAGAAAGCAAUAUUCCAAAAGAGGAUAGGAGAGGACUCUUGGAAUCCAGUAAUCUGCCCGUUAAUCAUAAAGGCCCCUUGAUUGGGCCUCGGAGCCCUCUGAAAUCUGACUGCCAUCCCAAUUCCCCAACAGAAUCGAGCAGCAGCAGGAAUGCAUUCAGGAGUCAGUGUUCUGAAUCUCCCACCGCCAAGAGCCCCAUCGACCCCAAAGCCUGUAACUGGAAAAAGUACAAAUUCAUUAUCCUGAACUCAUUGAACCAGAGCGCCAAAACUGAAAAUGGCAGCCAGCUGGAACCCGAGAACAGCUCUCCUCCAACUUUCUCCGCCUCGCCUGCUCCUUUCCGUCAGUCUUCUGAUGUUGAAACCCUGGGGAGCCAAACGCCAGCCAAGAUGGAUGUUGCUGGAGAUGAGCUGCAUGUCACUCAGGCCAGCAAACUCAACAGCAUCGUCAACAGGUCAUCAGAUGAGUCUUCACUGGAUAACCAGCAACCAUCUCCUUUGGACACCUUUCCACGUAAAUGUAGCUCAUGUGAGUCACCAACUAACCAACACCCUGAGCUGUGCCGCCACACACCUGUGUCUCACCUGGCAGAAGAACUAACUGAGACGCAGUCUGAACUCUCGGACUCCAGCUCAGAGAAUGGAUCGUUCUUCUGCAGUGAGUGUGACUGUAAAUUCUCUGACGAUGCUACACUCAAGAGACACAUGGUCCAGUCACACAGCGACAAGCCCUACAAAUGUGACCGGUGUCAAGCUGCAUUCCGUUACAAAGGGAACCUGGCGAGCCACAAAACUGUGCACACAGGGGAGAAGCCAUAUCGCUGCAAUAUCUGUGGAGCUCAGUUUAAUCGUCCAGCAAACCUGAAGACUCACACACGCAUCCAUUCUGGGGAGAAACCGUACAAGUGCGAGACCUGUGGAGCACGGUUUGUCCAGGUCUGUAUCCACUUUCGCUUUGCAACAUCCAUCCAAUAAUUUGUACCCAGUGACUCCUUCC